AUACUGUCUUAUCAUGAUUGCAUAUUUAUUUUUAUUCAUGGAUGUUCUUAGGUGUACACGAUGAAAAUGACCGUGUUUAUUGCCCUAAAAUUGUACGGAUUGGUCUCAAAGCACAUCAUUCUAUCAAGGCUGUUUCCCUGGAUGAACUUAUGAAACAAAAACGUUCUAGUGCCAAUAAAUCAUCCACCAAUAAGCAGAGUACUGCAGGAAGUAAUGAUGACAGUAUCCGAGCUGCAAUUUUAGACGAGGCCACUAUUGUCUUCUCAACUCUCAGCUUUAGUGGUUCCCAUGUUUUCAGUAAACUAAAUCGUGGAUUUGAUGUUGUGAUUUUAGAUGAAGCAGCACAGGCUGUAAGUGUCAAAUCCUCUUAGUUGCUGAGACACUUU